CAGAGCCGGUUUACAAGAAUCGCAGUGGCGAUCGGAGUCUUACUAAAGCGCAAUCAUGUCUAUUAUGUCCUAUAACGGAGGGGCCAUCAUGGCCAUGAAGGGAAAGAACUGUGUGGCCAUCGCCGCGGACAGGCGUUUCGGAAUCCAGGCCCAGAUGGUGACCACAGACUUCCAGAAGAUCUUUCCCAUGGGUGACAGGCUGUACAUAGGCUUGGCCGGGCUGGCCACCGACGUCCAGACAGUUGCUCAGCGCCUCAAGUUCCGGCUGAACCUGUAUGAGCUGAAGGAAGGUCGGCAGAUCAAGCCCUACACCCUCAUGAGCAUGGUGGCCAACCUCUUGUAUGAGAAACGGUUUGGUCCCUACUACACAGAGCCUGUCAUUGCCGUGGACCCGAAGACCUUUAAGCCCUUCAUUUGCUCUCUAGACCUCAUUGGCUGCCCCAUGGUAACUGACGACUUUGUGGUCAGUGGUACCUGCUCCGAACAGAUGUAUGGGAUGUGCGAGUCUCUCUGGGAGCCCAACAUGGAUCCAGAACACCUGUUUGAGACCAUUUCCCAAGCCAUGCUGAACGCCGUGGACCAGGAUGCUGUCUCGGGCAUGGGCGUCAUUGUCCAUAUCAUCGAAAAGGACAAGAUCACCACCAGGACACUGAAGGCCCGGAUGGACUAACCCUGCGCCCUGGUCCUGGUUUCCUUUUGUUAUUUUUCUUUCA